CGCCGCCUGCCGCUGAGCGCUCGAAGCUCCUCCGCGCCCCUGCCCGCUGCGCUCUGCCCGCUGCUGCGAGGAGCGCCCGGCGUCCGGCUGGAGCGCAGGCGGCACACCCGGCCGGGCUCGGGCGGAGGCUGCGUGGCCCCUGUCCGGACAGCCGAGGGCGCCGCCGAGGGCGGGAGCCGAGGCGCGUUCCGUUCCCGAGCGCACCAAGCUUCUGCGGAUCAGGAGUUGGACCACAGCACCUUCCCUUCCUCCCAGCCCUGCCUCCUUCUGCAGAACGGAGCUCAAUAGAACUUUGUUUUGCCUUUUACUCUUGAGGGGAGAGAAGCAGACGAUGAGGAUAAAAUAAUGAAUGUCAAAGGAAAAGUGAUUCUGUCAAUGCUGGUUGUCUCAACUGUAAUUGUUGUAUUUUGGGAAUAUAUCAACAGCCCAGAAGGCUCUUUCUUGUGGAUAUAUCACUCAAAAAACCCAGAACUUGGUGAUAACGGCAGCCAGCAGGGUUGGUGGUUUCCAAGCUGGUUUAACAAUGGGACCCACAAUUACCAAGAAGAAGAAGAAGACACAGACAAAGAAAAGGAAGACGAAGAAGAGCUUCAGCUCUCCGACUGGUUUGAUCCACAGAAACGGCCGCUGGUGAUGACAGUGACUGGAUGGAAGGCGCCGAUUGUGUGGGAAGGCACUUACAACAGAGCCAUCCUGGAAGAUUACUAUGAUAAACAGAAAAUUACCGUGGGUUUGACGGUUUUUGCUAUCGGAAGAUACAUUGAGCAUUACUUGGAGGAGUUCUUAACAUCUGCCAAUAGGCACUUCAUGGUUGGCCACAGAGUCAUAUUUUACAUCAUGAUGGAUGAUGUCUCCAGGUUGCCUUUGAUAGAGCUGGGUCCUUUGCGUUCCUUCAAAGUGUUUAAGGUCAAGCCUGAGAGGAGGUGGCAGGAUAUCAGCAUGAUGCGCAUGAAUACCAUUGCGGAGCACAUUGUGGCCCACAUCCAGCACGAGGUUGACUUCCUCUUCUGCAUGGACGUGGACCAGGUCUUCCAAGACACCUUUGGGGUAGAGACCCUUGGCCAGUCAGUGGCUCAGCUACAUGCCUGGUUUUAUAUGGCAGAUUCUAAUGACUUUACUUACGAGAGACGGAGGGAGUCCUCAGCAUUCAUUCCAUAUGGCCGGGGGGAUUUUUACUAUCACGCGGCCAUUUUUGGAGGAACACCCAUUCAGGUCCUAAACAUCACCCGGGAGUGCUUCAAGGGGAUCCUCCAGGACAAGAGAAAUGAUAUAGAAGCCAAGUGGCAUGAUGAAAGCCAUCUAAACAAGUAUUUCCUUCUUAACAAACCAACUAAAAUCUUAUCCCCAGAAUAUUGCUGGGAUUAUCAUAUAGGCCUGCCUUCAGAUAUUAAGACUGUCAAGAUAUCUUGGCAGACAAAACAAUAUAAUUUGGUUAGAAAUAAUAUCUGACUUUAAAUUGUACCAGUAGAUUUCUGAAUUUGGGAGAGUAUUCUGGCUACUUCCUCAGAAAAGUAACGCAAUUUUAACUUAAAAAAAAUACUAACAGAACACCAACCCAGCAAGUACAUACUAUUCCUCCUUGUAACUUUGAGCUUUGUAAUAUGGGAGAAUGAACCUCUGGUAAUCAGAUGUAAAUUCCAAAUGAUUUCUUACCUACUCUGGGUUUGGGAGAAAUACUAUCAGUUGAACUAAAAAAAUUGUCACAGUCAAAGAAAAAGCCAGAAACACUCUACAUGUGCCAGAUGUACUGUAGAAAAGGGUGCUGAGUCUAAAGCAACAUAGGUGCUUUGCAGCAGGAGAACUCUAAGUGAGGACACCGUCUACCUGGCAAUCCUCAAAUGGUUUGAGUAGCAGAUGGCUUCAGGCCGUUUGUAGUACGUGUCCUUUUCUCAGGAUGUUUGGCCUCUGUGGAAAACAUUGGUUGAGAUUCCCAGUGGAUAUCAUAGUGGUAAAUGUCUGGAGUCACAGGGAAUCUGAAGAAGUGAAAACAAAGCCUCAGAAUUUGCUAUGAAAUAGCAAAGAGAGGGUGGAAAGAGAGGGGGCUGAUUAUGGUUGGGCAAUGCCACCUCAGAAGAGCACAAGACAUGGGGUUGGCACUUAAAUACAGCAUGCAUGGACCCAGGCUCUGAAUGGGAGGGGGGACAAUGUGGAUGAUCUAAAGCCUCCUCGAUCCCAUGACAACUAGAGAAGAGAGGAUUUGUAUGCAAGAUGCCUCUUGCUUUGCCCAAGUCAUAUUCAGUUUGCCAGAUUCUGCAACUUGUGUCUUCAGAUUCUUGGCCAGAAGACAUGGAUGGUGUCAGAGAAGACAAAGGCCCACAGUGGAUUGAAGAAGCUUGCAAGGAGUUACAUUUUUCCAGACUUGGACUUCAUGGCAAUCAGUUGUCACUGAUGUGGGCUUCAUGACCGUCAGUCAUCAGCAAGUCCUGCUCUCACCUGCUCUACCCUUCAGAGUCCCUCAGCCUGUCAUGUCCCAUGUGGAGGGCUGACAUCAGGAGUGGAUUGGAGAAGAAGACCUCCCAUCAAGUAACCUCGUUUGCCCCUGCCCCAUCUGUGCUGAGAUGUAACAACAACCAGAUGCAUCUAACAAAAUGGUUAAUUGAUUUUAUAUCAAAAGCAGAGGGGAAGGCAAUGAGAGACCCAUUCCUCAUGACUGAACAGCUUACCAUCCAAUUCCCUUCUUUAAGGGAAGUGAUGAAAUCCUACAUUAUUUAAAGUUAAGCAAUUCAAUGUAAAGGAAGUUAGGAAGCAACAUUUACAUAUUUAUAUUUUGCUUGUGUUCCAGUUUAAGUCAUUUGUUUCCAUUUUUAGGCAAUUUAUUUAAAGAACCAUUGCAUUGGCUCAAUGUUCAGCACAAUGGGCUUCUCUGAUAAAAUUAAACCUACAUUUUGUCUACCAUUGCACUGUGCCUCCUACUCUUCACUUCUUGCCAAAAAGUAUCACAAUCAGAAAGACAAAACCAAACCAAUAAAAAGUCCUAAAAUGGACUUUGUAAAAGCAAAAGGAAAUCGCACAUCACUGAGGACUUUUGUUUCUCUGUGUCUCAAGUUUUCUGGAAUACAUUCUGGAGUAGGAAAAAUUAAUGGUUAAAAUCCUGAACCAAAGAAAUAAUCUAUCCUGAAUGAUUAAAUGGCUGAUGUUUACUUUUGAAGGGAACUUGGGGUUUGUUUUUUUUUAAUUCAUUUAAAUCAAAAUCCCAAAUGUACUAACUCAAGAUCUCUUGAAUAGCCCUGGCCCAUGUGGCUCAGUGGGUUGGGUAACAUCCUACAAACCAAAAGGUCACCAUUUGGGUUCCCAAUCAGGGCGCAUGCCUGGGUUGCAGGUUCCUUCUGGUCUGGGUGCAUAUGAAAGGUAAUCAAUGGAUGUUUCUCUCCCUCUUUCCCUCCCGC